AUGAAUUGCUCUGCCUGCAAUAAGAAGCUACUUCGCACUGACCGCUACUUAGCAUGUAAUCACUGUCGUUCAAAAUAUCAUAUUGAGUGCCUAAAUUUAAGUAAAGAACAAUUUACGGCUUUGACUACUGAAUAUAAAUCAAAGUGGAUGUGUCCAUCUUGUAGUAAUAUAACUAAACGUAAACAAUCGAAUGUCAAUACGCCUGUCCAACAAACGCUUGUACCACUCGUAGAGAAACCAUUGAAUUCGCCCCUUGAAAAUUCAAGCUGUUCAUCAACCGAUUCCCAAUUAUUUUCCUCAAACGACGACAAUCUCGUCACCAUGGGUAAAAUUAGUACCUUAUUGGAUAAAAAACUUAAUAAUUAUCUAUCGGAUUUCGUGGAAAGUUUUAGAAAAGCAUUGAAGGAUGACGUCAAAAACCUAGUACAAGCGGAGAUGGACUCAGUUGUGCAGCAGCUUAAAGACGAUUUUACUGUAACCACUAACUUUAUAUGUGAUGAACAGUCUUCCCUAAAGCAAGAAAUUGAAAAUAAGAGUCACAUAAUAAAACACCUAGAAUCUGAAACUCUGCGAUUUCAAAAGGAGAUUAAUGUUCUGACCAAUCGUUUAACAUCAAUUGAAAAAAAUUUCCCGUAG